AACCAACCUCACACUCCUUCAAUGCUUUCUUCGUUCCAUCCCUCCCUCCAUUUUCACGUUUUCGUUUCUAUUGCGACAUCAUAUUAUUACCAUUUUACCCUUCCCACCACCGCCUCUUUUUUUGUCCCUGCUUCUAUUUUUAAUGUUUUUUUAACAACACAAACAUAUUACCAAAAAUCGAAAAAAAUCAAUAAAAGAAAAAAACGAACGUGUCUUUGAAGUUCAACCACUUUCUCUCUCUCGCUCUCUCUCUCUGAAACGAAAUUGAAUGAAUUUGGCAAAAUCGCCAACAGAAAUUCGCUGACACACGUUGAAACCUCUCUGUGCAACGCAUUAAUUCUUCUUCUGCCAUCUUUCUCUCUGUUAUGAAGUUACUCGGUGCUUGUUGCUUCAUCUUCAAACUUAUCUCAUGGAAUUUCAAUUUCAAUUUCUCAGGUGCUAGUGCAAAAUUUGGACAAGGUUUUGGUCAUACUAAGAAAAGCUUUGAGGUUGUUUUUUCUCUAGAUGGGGAAAUGUGACCAUGGACGCUGCAUUUUUCCUCUUACAAGCUUGCAAAUUGGAGACUUGCAAUCCUAUUUUGCAGAUCUUAGCAUUUUCCUCGGAAAUGAUAGUAAAAAAAUGUAUAUUUUUGUUGACAAUAGACCAUGGGUGAGAGAUCUUGGCUCACGGGGAGCACACAUUUGGCAGUUGAUGGUUACCAAGUCAAGGUUAUCUCCUUUUGCGUACAGCAAAAAUCGAAGAGAAAGAAAAGAAGGAAAGGAUGUUUGUUCUCAACCAAGCACAAGUGAACCAAAGAAGUUUUUGAGAUGGUUCACAUUGGUUGAAGCAGUAAUGUCCCCAAGAAAGAGAGUGUUAUUGCCAGUGAAAAACCUAAGGAAUUCUUUGCAAUUCAGCAGUGAACUACAUAGAACUCUGUGUGGGUUUAUUGUAUUUGAAGUCGCAUGGACCGAUGUACGUGGUAUCAACUACUUUAACGAACUCCAGACUGAUACAUCGCUGGCUAUAGAAGCUAAAAUUAUGAAAAGAUGGGAAUUUGACAAUAUUGCUCAGGCUGCAAGCUGCAUGUCUUCAUGGUUCUCAGGAACACUUUCCGAACAGCUACUUUUGAAAGAGCACCUGGAUUCUGCCUCAGGGGAAAUAUUUUACGAUGCUUGUCAAUUUUUUUCUGAGAAUGUAUCCAUUGAUGAUGAUGACGAUAACAUCUGCAAUAAUACCGCAACUUUUGAAGAUAGUAUGGGUACCACAACUGGAGCAUAUUCCAAUGAUGCUGAAGAGACAAGUGACAUGCUGCACACACCUCCUCCUUCUGGGCCUAAUAAGAGAAGAAAAUUAAUGAAUUCUUUUAGUUCCGAAGUUGAUGUUGAUAGCUAUUCAGAAGCUGAAAUUGAUAACUCAUUGAAUUGCUCUCAGAGGUCUAGCUCUGCUUCUGAUGAUAGCGUUGAAACCACUCAGUAUAGUGAUGCCCUACUUUCAUUUAGGUUUAAUGAUCAUGACCUCCCUUUCAAAUUUAGGGACGUUAUUGUAUCUGACCUGCGAUUGCUUACUUUGUUAGAGGCUGGUCUUCCAUCUUGGGUUAUCUUCCUUCAGUCAUAUCCAGUGUUAUGCAAUAUUUAUCGUCCUUGGAUGUGCCCGCUUGCAAGACUGUUAUAUGUUUUGAUGUCAUUUGUUACUGUCCUCAUUGGAUUCUAUGAUUUAUACAAAAAUGUUCCAGUUCUCAAGGCAACCGCAUCUCGUAUAUGUGGGCCGCUUUUUGAUUGGAUUGAAACUUGGGAGAUGGUUUCGAGGGUCAAAUACUUAGGGACAAUGUUGUUUCUACAUAACUUCCAGAAGGCUGUUAGGUGGUUUCUUGCCAUUACACAUACCACACGAUCCUUUUUUUCAGUUCUUAUUCAACCUAUUGUACAGUCAUUGGUGGCGAUUUUUGGAUUUCUUCUCCCAAGCUUAAAUAUUUUGUUUGACAUAUUAGAAAGCAUAUUUUCUGUCAUUUGGUUUGGGAUUGAGGCUUCUUGCAAUUUAGUCGGAGAUGUGGUGGAGCUAUUCUUUUUGCCACUGUGGUUUAUCAUCAACAUUGUUUGGAGGAUUGCUACUUGUGUCUUAUAUCCUCUAUUUUGGAUUGUCUGGGAAUUUCUAUAUGCUCCUGUUCGUCUAGUCCUGGCAAUGUUCAGUUUUCUGGCUGUAAUAUGCACGCGCAUUUGUAAUAUACUUGGAGAAGCAUGGCAGUUUCUUAGCGGCAUAGUCCAGUUGGCUUCAUCUUCUGAAGCAACAGUCAGCAGUUAUGAAGUUUCCAUGUGGCGCUCUCUUUGGAAUGAUCUUUUUUCGCAGAUUUUCAAAGCUCUCAAAAGCAUACUAUAUGGGCUUGUUGCCUUUUUCACAGCCUGCAACAGGCAUCGACUAAGCAUCUAUAAUCAUAUACAGGAGUUUAUCAAAAGAUUAUAUCGUCCGUGCCAAAGAUCACAGCAAGCAGAUCUGACCGACAAUAGAAAACCUUGUUUGACAUUGGCUCUGGUGGAAGAAAAGAAGAAAGUUUAGUUAUCUAUCAAGAGCACAAAAGCACAGUGUUUGGCCGUAAGGUGUUCUAUCGCUAAUUCAGCAACCUCGAUACGAUUACAUUCAAAGAGUAUGAAAGAUUCUUUUACCAUUUUGACAAAUUUUGGUUAUACUUGCCCCCCAAGUUCCAUAUUUUCUCUUACUAUUUCUGAGGAUUUGCAUAGGCGAAGCUAUCAUAUUCAUAUGUAUAUAUGUAUAUGUACAUGAAACUUGUAAAUUUUGUCAAAGUAACUAAUUCCUUCAAUGUAUAUUCAAAUGAUUGUUUCUUGUACAUCAAUUUUGUAUAUUUUACAACCACACGGACACAGUA